AUGAACCAAGCUUUGACUACACGCCAACGUUCCCCCUCCGUGCCGCCGCCCAUGGCGGUGCCAAAUUCUCGCCCCUGGAAGAAACUCCGGGCUGCAGCUUCCGCUAAAUCAAAACCAAAUUCAUCUCGAAUUCACGCCGAAGACAAACUUCAACUUCAAGUUUUCUGUAGCGGUGAUCUUCGGCGUUUGCAGCGUUUUCUCUCGAAUCGGUUUCACUCUCAGUAACUUCAACCGCCAAAACGUAAUCUGUAAUGCUUCGUGUUGUAUUGUAAGCAUUUCUUCUCAUCGACUUCUUCCAUUUCGGAUUUUCGGUAAUUGACAGCAAUGGCUCUACUAGGCUGUGACUCACGCCCAGGUUUCAUGUCUUAUCGGAUUUGUAUCCAUUUUCGUGCGUGGAUUUAUUCGGAGUACUUAGUAUUUAAAAAGAAGUCUUCCAAAGUAAGGCAUUCUGAUAUUGGCUUGACUGAGGUAGAAAAUCUUACUGGAAAGGAAGAUGAUAGAGCUGCUUUAUUAGAUGGGGAGGCUAUCAAGUCUAUUCCUUAUGGAGCUCGAAUUCCACCUUCUUCUCUAGUUUUAUCAGGUUUACAAAGGGAAGCAUUAUUUCUCCUACUUCAGCUGCUGUUCCUUUAG